UCCGGGCCAUGGUGGGGAUCCCGGGCAGCUGCCAGGUUGCCGGUGAGAAGAGGGUGCCAGUGAUGCCCGGCUCGCCCGUGGAAGUGAAGAUACAGUCCAGGUCGUCUCCUCCCACCAUGCCGCCGCUGCCCCCCGUCAACCCCGGCGGCCCCCGGCCCGUGUCCUUCACUCCGGCUGCACUGCCCAACGGAAUAAACCAUUCCCCCCCGACACUGAACGGGGCCCCAUCCCCACCCCAGAGGUUCAGCAACGGUCCUUCCUCAUCCUCCUCCUCCUCACUGACCAACCAGCAGCUCCCAGCCACGUGUGGAGCCCGGCAGCUCAGCAAGCUGAAGCGUUUCCUCACCACCCUGCAGCAGUUUGGCAAUGACAUUUCACCCGAGAUUGGGGAGAAGGUGCGGACCCUCGUUCUGGCACUCGUGAACUCAACGGUGACAAUCGAGGAAUUUCACUGCAAGCUGCAAGAGGCGACCAACUUCCCCCUCCGGCCGUUUGUGAUCCCCUUCCUGAAGGCCAACCUCCCUCUGCUGCAGCGGGAGCUGCUGCACUGUGCCCGUGCUGCCAAGCAAACGCCCUCCCAGUACCUGGCACAGCACGAGCACAUCCUGCUCAACACCAACACCACAUCUCCUGCUGACUCCUCCGAGCUGCUCAUCGAGGUCAACGGCAAUGGCAAGAGGCACAGUCCAGACAGGAGGGAAGACAGCAGCUUUGAGAGGGAGCCACUGCCAACAGAGCCUCCGGCCAAGAGGGUUUGCACCAUCAGCCCCGCGCCCCGGCACAGCCCUGCCCUCACCAUCCCCCUGAUGAACCCCAGUGGGCAGUUCCACCCCACCCCACCACCCCUCCAGCACUACACCUUGGAAGAUAUUGCCACCUCCCACCUCUACAGGGACCCCAGCAAGAUGCUGGAGCACAGAGAGAUCCGGGACAGGCACGGCGGGCUUGGAUUGAAUGGAGGCUACCAGGACGAGCUGGUGGAUCACCGCCUGACAGAGCGGGAGUGGGCGGAUGAGUGGAAGCAUCUCGAUCAUGCCCUGAACUGCAUCAUGGAGAUGGUGGAGAAGACGCGGCGCUCCAUGGCCGUGCUGCGGCGCUGCCAGGAGGCCGACAGGGACGAGCUCAACUACUGGAAGCGGCGCUGCUCCGAGACGGCCGAGCCGCGCAAGGCGGGCACCGAGCUGCUGAGCCGCCAGCACAGCCCCGCCAGCGCCGACUCCCUGGGCAGCGAUUCCCUGCGGGAGUUCAGCAGCAGGUCGGGACCGGGCUACGUCACGGAGGAGAUUUGGAAAAAAGCCGAAGAAGCUGUGAACGAGGUGAAGCGGCAGGCCAUGUCGGAGGUGCAGAAGGCGGUGGCCGAGGCGGAGCAGAAGGCGUUCGAGAUGAUCGCGUCGGAGCGCGCGCGCAUGGAGCAGACCAUCGCCGACGCCAAGCGCCAGGCCACCGAGGAUGCCUUCCUCGUCAUCAACGAGCAGGAGGAGUCCACCGAGAGCUGCUGGAACUGCGGCCGCAAGGCCAGCGAGACGUGCAGCGGCUGCAACAUCGCCCGCUACUGCGGCUCCUUCUGCCAGCACAAGGACUGGGAGAGGCACCACCGCAUCUGCGGGCAAGGCCUGCACGGCCAGAGCAAGCCCCUGGCCCUGCCCGCGGGCCGGGUGGCAGCAGCAGCCAAGAGCCUCGAUGGCAUCCCCAGCCCAGCCCUGGAGAAGAGCUCGGCCACCACCUCGCGCUCGUCCACGCCGGCGUCUGUGACAGCCAUAGACACGAACGGACUCUAGGAGGGAGGGUUUGCUGCGCUCCACUGGAUGAGUUCCCUGGGGUUUUUAAGCUGAAAAAACCCCCCACAGCAACUGUUACCACUUGACAUGUUUGACACAUCCCCUCGGAGCGCUGACACUCCGGCUCUGCCCUCUCAUCCUGCCUUUGCCUUCGUGGCUCGUGAACGGGGCUGAGCCUCGCCUGCAGCAUCUCUCUGCUCCUCUCAGGGGGACACCAGAGCAGCGUCAGGACCUGGGGGACACUGGGCACCCUCUUGGGGAACCUGGACUGGGAGGAGUGCACUGGCACAUACUGGAGAUACUGAGAGCGUGGUGCCCAAGCAGGGAGCCCUGUCCUUGUGGCAUGCUCAGGCUCGCUUCCCAAGGCCUCAGAGCCACCACUGCCUCCUUCUGCCACCUUUCCUCCACGAUACCCAAUGUUUUUUCCUGCUCCCAGACAGCUGUGCCUCAGGUGGCCCUGUGGACUGGUGUUGCUGUGAACAGACCAGAGCCAAUUUCUCAGCAGGAGCAUCUCGUCCUCUGUGCAAUGGCAAAAGCUGAGCCCACUUCUCCUGCCUCCAGGCUGGCAGCUGAGGGUUGCAGAGGGGGAGGAAAGGAUUUGUCUGCUCUAAAACUAGUGGCAGUGGCAGGGAGGUACUGCUGGAUGGCUGGAUUUCAUCCCGGUCUGUGGUGAGACAGACAGUUGGGUGUUUCCUGGGUGGGGCCAGUGCUGGGGGAACACGUGCAGAGCAGAUCUGGGCUGGGUGCAGGUGCCCUUUCCAGCUGGGGCCGUUGUUUUGUUUUUUCACUGCCUGGAAGCUGCUGGUUUGGGAGUUCUUGCUGUUGUUUUUGAGCCCAGGGAUCCUCACUGGUGCGAGGGGUUGUUUACAGCCCAUACUCUGCACACACAUCAGCCACAGCAGUAAAAGAAAGGCAGGACUGCGUGUCCUGUGGCAAUUCUUAUCCCAGCUCCAGGGGGUUUCUGCAGUGCUGCAUCCAGGGAUGUGCAUCCACCUUCAGAGGUUGUCCCAAAAACAGGGCUCAGAGUGAGGUCCCGUGGGGAUGGGGCCAGCCUGGGGAGGUCUGUCCCUCUCGGAGUUCCUGCUGUGCUGUGCAAGGAGGGAUUGGAGGC